CAUAACCUCACUUAUGCUACCCUAAUGCAAUAUAAAUAAAAUUAAAUAUUUAUAAAAGAAAACGUUUUUAUAAAUUAAAUUAGUAAUUGCCAACAAAUUAAUGAAUCCCAACGAUGUCGCUGAUACGGCUUCCAGCGAUGCCGACGACGAAAAACGCAGACAAUUUAAAAUCAAGGCUGCGUUAUUCUUGUCUGGCAUAUCUGGAAUAUCGGCGUUAGCUGGUUUCGGAUGCACCAUAGCUAUGGCUAGAAAACAGGAUCCUAAGUACUUCAAUAUCGGAAUGACUCCAACAAGGGAACUUUCAGAGAGCGGUGCCUCCUUAGGUCUACGUGCACUCGGUUGGGGUACCUUGUACGCAUUUGUUGGAUGUGGCGUUUUCUUUUAUGGCAUUUGGAAAUUAUCUGGGGCUACUAAUAUGAAGGAGUUCCGAUGUGCAAUGGGAAAUAUAUUGCCUGUCAUACCUAAAAAGAAUCCACAAGGCAGAAGUGAAUUUAGUGGGUUGAAUGAUCUUUUGGACUAUUUACAACACCAAAAAGGCACCAAAGAUAAAUAAAACAAUGUCAGACGAAAUACAGGGUGUCCCCAUAAGAAGGGGAGCUCUACAUGUUGUGUCGAUUCUUAUGCAGGACACCCUGUACAAGCAAUAGGGAAAUACACUUCAGUAGCGUUAAGUGUGUUAAAUAUGUUAUAAUUUUUUAGGAAUAAA